AUGAUCUUCACCGCCCUAGAGUCACCAGCCGGAAGACUCGCCCCGCAGAGAGAAGCAGUGCUUGGUCUCCAGAGCUGACCGCAUGCAGGGCGUUUCAGGCCUUCUGCUCCCUAUCCUCGUGGCAGGGGUGUGGCUGGCGCCCAGCUUGGCCCUCAGCCCCCAUGGGCCAGAGGACCAGGCGGGGCUGGAGGCUCCUCGGAACCAGACAUGGGGGGAUGUGCCAGCCCCCCUCGGAGGCCCUGAGGACGGCGAGGAAGCCUGGCUGAGGGCCAGCCAGCAGCGACUCUCCAAAGCCGCCACAGACCUUGGGUUCGGCCUGUUGCGGAAGCUUUCCCUGAGGCACGACGGCAACGUCAUCUUCUCCCCUUUCGGGGUGGCCAUGGCUCUGGCCGGCUUGAUGCUGGGGGCCCAAGGGGAGACCAGAGCCCAGGUGGAGCGAGGACUCCGCCUGCAGGCCCUGAGCCCGAUGGGGUCCCUCACCCUGCCCACCCUCUUUAAGAGGCUCCAGGAAACCCUGUCCAGCAACCAGGAGCUGGGCCUCACCCAAGGGAGCUUGGCCUUCAUUCACAAGGAUUUCGAGGUCAAAGAGGCCUUCCUCAACCUAUCCAAGGCGUACUUCAACACAGAGUGUGUGCCUACGGAUUUCCGAAAUGCGUCCCAGGCCAGGGGACUGAUGAACCGCCACGUCAACAAACAGACGCAGGGGAAAAUCCCCAAGCUCUUUGACCAGAUUAAUCCCGAAACAAAAUUAAUUCUUGUGGAUUACAUCUUAUUCCAAGGGAAGUGGCUGGCCCCGUUCGAUCCUGCCUUCACUGACAAUGACGCUUUCCACCUGGACAAGUACAAGGCUAUUAAGGUGCCCAUGAUGUACCAAGCGGGCGAGUUUGCCUCCACCUUUGAUAAGAAUUUUCGCUGUCACGUUCUCAAGCUGCCCUACCGAGGAAACGCCACCAUGCUGGUCAUCCUCAUGGAGAAAACAGGGGACCACCUGGCACUGGAGGACUACCUAAGCUCAGACCUGGUAGAGACAUGGCUCCAGGACAUGAGAACCAGGAAAAUGGAGGUUUUCUUUCCCAAGUUCAAGCUGGACCAGAAGUAUGAGAUGCAUGAGCUGCUUAAGCAGAUGGGAGUCAGAAGAAUCUUCUCGUCCUCAGCUGACCUCGGCGAACUCUCGGCGACAGCCAGAAAUCUUCAAGUGUCCAAGGUCUUACAGCAAUCUGUGAUUGAGGUGGAUGAGAACGGCACAGAGGCAGUGGUAGGAACACUGUCAGAAAUCAUGGCAUACUCCAUGCCUCCCAUCAUCAAGGUGGACCGGCCGUUUCAUUUCAUGAUCUAUGAGGAGACCUCUAGGAUGCUCCUGUUUCUGGGCAGGGUGGUGAACCCGACUCUCCUGUAGCUUAGAUCUGCUUGAGUGCUCAGUGUGGCGGGAGGGGCUGACCCCCGCAAGGCAGGUGUUGGCACUGGGUUGUGAAGGGAGAACUCCCAGCCUGUGUCCAUUUGGGCUAGCAUUACAUUGGUAAGUAUUUUUAGAUAUGGGUACAGUCUGUCCAGCAACUUAGGCUUGUUCCUAGGAGCCUUUGCUCACUGAAGCCUAGCUGGGGGGAACCUCUGCCUUUCUCUGCUGCACACACACUUGGACUACAAGAACUGCCAGCCAGAAUAUUUCAGGAUAAAGCCUUU